CAGCCGCGCUGCACCGCCCUCAGCAGCGCCGGCGUCCUCCCUCCCAUUCCCUCCCUUGCUCCCUUGGAAGCACCGCCCCAGCUCGCUGCUGGCGGCGGCUGUCACCAUGGGCCUGGCCGCGCUGCUGCUGCCGGCGCUGCUUUUGCCGCUGGCGGUGGCCGCGGGCGGCCCGGAGGUGCGCAGCCUGCGGGGGAGCUGGCGGCUCCGCAGCGGGAACGGCUCGGUGGCGCUCCGAGCGGAGGUGCCGGGCUGCGUGCACACCGCGCUGCUCGGCCGGGGCCUCAUCCAGGAUCCAUACUAUAGAUUUAAUGAUGUGAUGUACAGAUGGAUCUCACUAGAUAACUGGACUUACAGCAGGAUGUUCAAAACUCCUUUUGACAUCAGAAAGUGGCAGAAAGUGAAUUUGGUUUUUGAGGGAGUAGAUACAGUGGCACAGAUCCUGCUCAACAAUGUCACUCUCGGGAGAACAGACAACAUGUUCAACAGAUAUAGCUUUGAUAUUACCAGCAUGAUCCAGGAGGUCAAUUUUGUUGAAGUCCGUUUCUUGUCAGCCGUUUCAUAUGCAGCUGAGCAGAGCAGAUGUUACAAAGCACACAGCAUCCCCCCAGCGUGCCCUCCACCUGUGCAGAAAGGAGAGUGCCACGUUAAUUUCAUCAGAAAGGAGCAAUGCUCAUUUAGUUGGGAUUGGGGCCCUUCUUUUCCCACUCAAGGAAUCUGGAAAGAUGUUAGGAUUGAGGCCUAUAACCAUUAUCACCUGAUUUACUUUUCUAUAACUCCUUUCUUUGCAAAGAGUGCUCAGCAGUGGUAUCUUGAAGUCGAGUCUAUUUUUGAUGUAGUCAGCUCCAAGCCAAUUGCAGGUCUUGUGACUGUGAACAUCCCCAAGUUACAAACGCAGCAGACAUUCAGUGUGAAGCUUCAACCUGGAGAAGGCAGUAUUGUGCUGCUUGUAAACAUCAACAAGAGUGCUGCAGUGGAGGCUUGGUGGCCAAAUGGACAUGGAAAGCAAACUGGAUACAACAUGACAACAACUUUCAUGAUGGAGGCAGGAUGCCAGAUGGAGAAGUUUUCAAAGGUUUAUUUUCGGACAGUAGAACUUGUUCAGGAGCCUAUUCCUGGCUCACCAGGUCUGAGUUUCUACUUCAGAAUCAAUGGCCGACCCAUUUUUAUUAAGGGCUCAAACUGGAUUCCAGCAGAUUCUUUCCAGGACAGAGUGACCUAUGACACACUAAGGCUACUCUUGAAGUCUGCAGCAGAUGCUAACAUGAAUGCCCUUCGGGUUUGGGGAGGAGGAAUAUAUGAGCAAGAUGAAUUUUACGAUAUUUGUGAUGAAAUAGGAAUAAUGAUUUGGCAGGAUUUUAUGUUUGCGUGCGCGCUAUAUCCAACUGACCAGAAUUAUUUAGAAUCCGUAAGAGCAGAAGUUUCUCAUCAGGUGCGACGUUUAAAAUCUCAUCCAUCAAUUAUUCUUUGGAGUGGUAACAAUGAAAAUGAAGCAGCAAUUGCAAGCAACUGGUUCUCUAUACCUUAUUCUGACAUAGGAGUCUAUGUCAAAGACUACGUGAUGCUUUAUGUGAAGAACAUACGCAAAAUAGUCCUUAGUGAAGAUAAGAGUCGUCCUUUCAUUACAUCCAGUCCCACCAAUGGCUUGGAGUCAGUUAAGGAAGGCUGGCUCUCCCAGAAUCCUUAUGACACCCAUUAUGGUGACACACACUUUUAUGACUACAACAGUGACUGCUGGAACUGGACAGUGUAUCCUAAAACUCGUUUUGCUUCGGAGUAUGGAUUUCAGUCCUGGCCUUCCUUCAGUACAGUUGAAAAGGUUUCUUCCCCUGAGGACUGGUCCUACACAAGCAAUUUUUCUCUCCAUCGGCAGCAUCAUGAAGGUGGCAAUAUUCAGAUGCUUCAAGAGAUUGGGCGUCAUUUCAAGCUUCCCCAGAGCUCAGAUCCUGUAAAGCAGUUCAAAGAUAUGAUUUACCUCACUCAGGUGAUGCAGGCUCAGUGUAUAAAGACAGAAACUGAAUUCUAUCGUUUUAGUCAAAGUGAAAUAAUUAAUGGAGAAGGACACACAAUGGGAGCUCUGUACUGGCAACUCAAUGACAUUUGGCAGGCUCCUUCAUGGGCUUCCUUGGAGUAUGGUGGUAAGUGGAAACUGCUCCAUUAUUUUGCCCAGAACUUCUUUGCACCACUGCUGCCUGUGGCCUAUGAAGAUAAAGGGAUGUUGCACAUUUAUGGUGUCUCAGAUCUUCAUGAGGACCACAAGCUGACUUUGAGGGUCGUUGUGCACGCCUGGAGCUCUUUGGAGCCCGUAUGCACCCUUGCCAAAGAAGGUGUGACUGUUAAAGCACAGAGUGCUGUCCCCAUCUACAAGGAGUCCAUCAGUGACCUUCUGGAAAGAUGCAGAAAUUGUACCAGGAGAAGCUGUGUUAUUACUUUCUGUCUCGUGGGAGGAGAUGGGCUCCGGAGUCCUACAAACCAUUACUUCCUUUCAUCACUCAAGGAUGCUGUGGGAUUAGAGAAGACCCAGCUUCGUGCCUCUGUAUCCCAACAAGAUGACAUUUAUGUAUUUGUUCUUCAGACCACUGCAAUUGCUCCUUUUGUUACUCUGGAUGUUGGGAGUAUAAAAGGCAGAUUUAGUGAUAAUGGUUUCCUCAUGACUGAAAAGAAGAAAAUGGUUGUGUUUUAUCCUUGGGAACCUACCAGUGCUGAAGAGCUAAAAAGUUCACUAAUCUUGACCUCCCUACUGGAUGUUGUCUGAGAAUACUUCAUUUCCUUCUAAAUAAAGAAGGAAACAAGAGGAGAUAAAAAAAUAAGAAGAAUUUGGCUGAAGCUGAAGUGACACGCACUGUGAGCUUGCUGAAGAGCACACUGUCUCUUCCUGUCAUGUGAAUUUUAACUGCUGAUUCAAUGUAAAGAUAACAACAGCAAAGUUUACAUAUAAUAUAUGUGGUGUAUUGAAAGCACAGCCAUUUUUUUUUCUGGUUUCACUAUGCAAUAAGUGGAGAUUCAUUUUAGGAUAACAGCAAGGUAUGCUGAGGGCAAGGGAGAAGGACAGGGAGUGAAGCUGGGACUACCUCCAAUAGGCCACCAAGCCAUUCCAUGGGCAGGUUGCUAAACAUUUGGCUUCUGUGUCACCUGUGGUUUGAAAUACAGCUGGGAUCUUGCUGGGGCUCCACAAGCAUCCUCUGUCCACCCAGGCAAAUUCUAAUUUUCCUGCAAAGCAGAAUCAGCAUGACAAUAGGUGGAGUUUGAAGAGUUCUGUCCCUGAUGUCCCUUGCUGUUGUGGAAGCAGCACGUGGGCAUUACUUGCUGGUGGUGUGGGGGGUCUGGAGCACGUGUGGGGGGAGCAGCUCUGUGUUCCACUGGAGAACUCAGACUCGAGUACUGAUCACAGUUGUAAUGAACAUGUUGAUGCUUUGGUGUUAACCAAAACUGACAUACUCCUGAGCAAGAGGAAGAACUUGUAGAUGAAAGGGAAAUGAUUAAUUAGGAGUUUCUUACAAAUGCUUUAUUGGGUCACCAAAACAACUAACUGCAGUUGCAUCUGGUUCAAAACAAGUCCUAAUUAAAAGAAGACAUGAAAACAAUCAAAAUAUGGAUGUGUAUAUGCCAAUGUUUAUAGAUUUUUAAAAAUAGGGAAAAUGACAGUCAUGAGUAAAACCUAACAAUUGCAGGCAUUGACAAAGGAAAUUAAAAAGCUAUUCUGAGAGGCAUCAUGGGCUAAGAAUACCAGAAAAAUAAUUCUGUUUUUUCUGGCGUCCUGGAAUCAAGGUGGAAUCAAAACAGCAGUAAAGUCAAUAUAAAGUAAAAAAAAAAAAAAAGUGGAGAAAAUAUGAUUAUUAGCUACUGCUGCAGUGUAUUAGGAAGAGGGUAAGUCUCGAUGUCUUUCUUUUACAUUGAUGGAGAAAUGUCGCUUCCAGCAACAUCUAGAUAGACUUUCAAAAUGACACUUAGUAGUGUUAAAUAAAUAAGACUUUGGAGGAAUCACUUGUUUACAGACAAUCAAGAGACCUAUCUGGAGAUCAGUGAUAUUUGUUCGUCUCAGCUUAUCAGUGAAGUCUGAGAUGUGUAGAAAAACUUUUGGAUUCCCAGAAACAAAACCCGUUCAUUAAUUUGGAUAGCUGUGACCUCAUCUAGCCUGUCACAAUUUUUAGGUAAAAUCUUGAAAGAAAUGAUGUGGUACAUGAUUAAUAAGCGAUGAAGUGGCUAUACAAAUGAAUUCUGCCAACACAGUUGUACAUAACAGCAUUCUAUUAUUUUUUUUUCCCUAUUGCUUUCUGCAAUUACCAGAUUGACAGAGCAGAGUUUGGGCGAUUUUUAAAAUUAUUGCUGUUUUUGAAGGUCAGGAGCUCCCUGAGGAGUAGGUCUCUUCUUUCUCACUGAAAAUCUUUCAUUCAGCACUAAGUGCCAUUAUGAAAGAUUAGCAAUUGCUUUAGCCAAAUACUUGAACUCAAAACAGAAUUUAAAGGGGAAGGUUGACUGCCAUUAUUGUUUUAAUAUCCUUAAUAUGUUGUUUUGGUUUCCUGGUGUUGUAGUAGGUGUAUAUUUACAGAAGCUGUUCUCUCACCAUGCAGCAGUGGCUGUAAGGUGUGUUUUGGUUAACCAGUGGUACUUUAGCAGUGGCAUCGUGUGCUAUACUGGUUACAUUGCUCUGCCUUUGUCUCAGAUCGGGGCAGAGAUGGGAAGGCAGCACUGGUAUCCUGCCCUCCUAUCCACACACCCAUCUUGCCAGCUGAGUGUUGUUACAGCUGCAGCAGCACCUGUAUUGCCAAUUGUGUUUGAUGGGGGUUUGGCAGCAGGAGCCUUAGGAGAGUAUUUGGUAGGUGUGGUGCUUGUCCUCAGUAUCACUACAUUAUUGGUGGCAGCAAUAGAGGGGACUGGUGUUCUUUCAUUGGUGCCUUUCAUUGGGGACUGGUGUUCUACUGUCAGUGUUCUUUCAUUGCUGCCUUGCAGUCUUGUUAAGUACCAGUGAAUUCUCUUGUGCUGAUGGCUUUUGUUUGCUCCUGGGCCAGUCUGGGCUGUUCUCCACUGAUGGCAAAAGCAGCAGCCAGAGUGCCCUACAGCCAUGAUAAAUGCCCUUCCAGAACAGAACUCGAGAACAGUUUUGGGCAGAAAACUGUAUGGUGUUGGCUAAUCUGUUGCCCUAAAAUCAUUCUCUGGCUGGGAUUUAACUGUGAACACAUUCUGGGCUUGCAGAGACCAUUUUGAGCUUUGGAGGACACCUGUUUGUACUUUUUGACACACAAGGAAGACUUUUUUUGCUCCAGUUUACUGAAGCGUGUCCUUGGAAGCUUUUUCAAGUUCUGCAUCUUCUCCAGGAAAGAAGCAUUCGAAUGUAUCUAAAAAUUGCUCUCUAAGAGGAGUCUCGAAGCCAGCAAAAGUUUGGACUGUGCCAUUUGCCAUUACUCUAGAACUGCUUUAUUUCAUCCAGACAUGAUCAUCCAGAAAGGGCAGACGCUGUGGAUGGUGGGCAAUGGAGAAAAGACAGUUCCUACACCACUACAUGUAGGUAAGAUCUUUAUCCUUCUUGCAAUCCACAGAAUCUCAGAAUGCUGCCUAGAGCUUCCCACUACCAGUGAUUUCCAGGUUUGUACAUACAUACCAAGAUGAUGCCAGGAAACGUACAGCUGUAGCAGCCAAUCUAAAAUCAGGAGCAGUUUAACUUUCUGAAUCAUUCAUUUUAUGUGAAAUGUAGAGAAAACCUGAAGAGAUCUAUUGUCACAACUUUUGCUGCUUUCCACAAGUUUCUGAUGUUUAUUACUGCAGCAGAGUAGCAGAAUAACAGAGUGAGCUCUCUUCCACUGCACAUACAGAUAGAGGUUUCUCUCUAUAAGCCAUGUGUAGACAGACACGCUCAGUAGUAUUUUUCUAUCUCUAAACAAAGGGAAAAAAACUAAAAAGAUUAAAGCCUUUUUAUUAAAUGCACUGAAACUGAGAAGCUGCCAGACUGUCAUUUAAUACACUUCCCUACACAGGGCCUAGGGGACCUCCUGUGUAUGAUCAUUAACCUGAUAAACAGCUAUUAUGCAACAACAUCUGGUCAUGAAGGGCUUUAAGGAAAUUUAGAUCCAGGUGGUUUAAAAGCAGAGCCGGUCAGAACUAAGCUAAAAGGUGUGCAUAACAACCAGGGUGCCCUGGUGACCUGCAGGAUUGUAGAAAUCUCAGUAAAAAUCUCUGUCAGCCACCUGAACUGUGUUGGAAAUUCUUUGGAAGCAGAAGGUGUGUUUUACUCAAACAGCUCUCCUGGGGCUCAAAAAGCCCUUCCACUCCUGGAAUAUGAGAACCUUUGCCUCUUUCUAUUAGAGCUGGAAUACAACUAGAACACUGGAGAAGUACAUUAAUUGAACAAAAAUCUAUAUGCCUUAGACACUGCCUAGAUGAGGGUUAUAGAUAGAAGAACUGAAAGACAGAAUGGCAGUUUUACUAUUACUCAUCUUCUCUGGAAGUAAUUAAUGUUCUCAGUAAUUCAGCUGGGUUAUAAAAUUAAUUCACAAGUUUUUUUUCAUUAGUCAUAGUUCAAUUCAUUACAGCAGCUACCACUCUAAACGUAACCAUUUUCAAAGUUUAUUUUGAUUCAUUUUCUCAGGAGUGACACUGAGGUUACUGAAGACUGAGCUGAGCCAAGAACCACCCUGCCAACUCUCCAUCUUUGUGUCACAAAUACUGGCUAGAAGUAAGUGACAAUGACCCUCUUGGCUAUUUCACCAUGAACUCUGAUGCCUGUUCUGUUUAGUUGGGCCAACAUAAAUUACAGGACACUCACCAUCUCAGAACUGAUGUCAGACAAGAAGAAACACUGCUCAUGAGCACAAUUACUACCAGAGAUUCUAGACAGCCCAAAGGAGAGCUGUCUCAUCAGAAAUUUGCUGAGACACUAAAUAGUUGGUUUCAGUGUAAAUUAUUCUAUACUGCCAUAAUGAUGAGAACUAAAACAAGGAAGAGGCUUUAAUCUCAAAGCAGAGCUGCAGUAGCUAUUGGUCCUGCUCUCCCUCCAUAAAAAAUACUUUAGCUUUAAGACAGGUGGCUUGCAAACUUACAUUUAUUUUAGUGCUUGGAAAUCAGCAUGAUCUUGUAUCAAUGCCUAAAACUGCAUCUAAUUCUUCAACACCACUUGAAAAGUAAUGUAAAAAUCCCAGCAAGCACAGACAGGAGAAUUAAUUUUGGGGUUUUAUUAUAAAAGUAAAAUAAAAAAAGCAUUUAAAAAGCACGCUUGUUCAAAAAGGAACAGAUAUAAAAAAUUAUUUACAAGUAGGAAAAUGUCAAACUUGAAAAAAAUUUUGAAUAAGAGGCACCAAAAUUAAGUUUAAAUACAUUAUUUGAAAUAUACAAGAUUCUUUCAGGCUUCUCUUUUUACGCCAAGUUGUCACUGUUGUGAUUAAAGUAAUAAUUUUUCUUUGCCAGCUAUUUUAUAAGAUGCUUGCAUGCAACUCUGCUGCAAGAAUUAUGAAGAGAGCAGCUAGAUACUGUAUCCUCUGAUUGCUCGUGUGCUUAACCUCUUUAGUAAGUUUAUAUUAUUCAUUAACAACUUCUUUUUUAUCUGUAAAAGAAAAUCCUCACAGACCAGAGAAGCUCAGUCAGUCUUGCACAGCAUCCAGACCUGUGUAUUAAUGCAGCAGUGGAGCCCUGGUUGUUGUAAAUGGCUUGUAAAUGAACACAAUUAAAUGUACUUGAGGAAGGAAGCAGUGGCUAGGAGUCACAUGCUACAGUUGCCAUUUGUUCGGGUUCAGGUGGGAUUCUUCCAGUGCACUUUUGGUUGUGAGUUCCCUUCCCGCUGGCCAGGACACUGAAAAUGUCCCAUUUGUUCCUGUAAUUGCAUAUUGCUAAUUGAAGAUCACUAGUCAGCUAUGUAAUUGCUUUGCCCUGAACUUUCAUGUCCAUAGCCCAGGGCCAUUUUGCCAAGUGUUAGUGAGGACUUGCUGGUCAGAGAGUCUGAGGAAGUGAAGCUCAGCUUGCGGAAGGAGGUCUCCACACCACUGUCACAGGUACUUUCGAGGUCUUGGAAUCUGCUAUUAAAGAGCUCACCUGAGGGACAGAGAAAAGGGAAACAUCAUCAUUUGUGUGGCUUAAGCAAGGUUGCUUAAAAGAGAAAAGCCUAAGGAAUACCAACCACGAGGGUUAAACUCUUCUAUAGGAAAAUAAGUCUAAUGUGAGGUAUUGUAAUAGGAAAAGCUGUACUGAACGUUUCCAGGCAACUAAAGCAUGUGAUCUUACGUACUGCUGGCAGAGAUCAGCUUGCAGUUGGAGUUCAGAUGGGAUUAGAAGCCUGGUGCUCUGCUGACACUAAUGCUGUCAGUGCACUUGGGUCAGAACUCUGCCCAACUGUGGUGAGCACAGGGCAGAAGGUUCUCUGGCUUUCAGAGUCACACUCUGUGCAAGUGUACAACUCCAGGAGGAGGCUCCUAAAACUUCUAAUUCAUGUUAUUUCAACUUACAGAUUUCUUUUUGAGACAAACACUUGAAGAGCUUUUAUCUAGUAAGUGACCCCAAAAUAGGAACAAGGCAGUAGCCUCUAUACCUGUGCAGGAUCCACAGAAGGAGUGCCUGACUGCAAGAGCUGAAACUGAAGGUACAAUGUGGGAUCCGUGUGACUAAAACAGUGGAGGUAUGUUAAGAGUUCAGUCUUGUUUUUCUAAAUAAACAUCUUAAAAUAAACUAUAUGAUGCCCUCCAUGUUGCAGAGGGAGCAGAACCUCUCUUACCCUUCAAGAUGAAUCUAAAUGGGCAAUAUGUGUACAAGCACAUCUUUGGGUGGGUGUGAAGGUUUAUUCAUGACUGACCAAACAGUUUUCUAUAAGAAGAGAAUAAACUGGCACUGUUAGAAUGGAA